CGCCUCGGUACAUGUUUCAUAGCAGACGGUUUUUGCUGAGAGAAUUGUGCUGUGUGUUGUGUGGCGGGUGUAUCAUUCCGCCUCUCUACCCACGUGUGUCAUGUCGGUACCCGCGGUUGGAGGGACUGACCCCGAGGGGUCACAGGGGUUGACAAGCAGCUACACCUAUGAAGAUAUCGAGCGCAUUGCCCAGGCCUUACUGGCUCGCACCAAACACAGGCCCGUGCUUGGUAUAAUCUGUGGUUCUGGCCUUGGUGGGUUGGCAGACAUUGUGGAGGACAGCGACACUAUUCCCUACUCUGAGAUCAAGGACUUCCCUGUCAGCACAGUACCCGGUCACAUGGGCUACCUGGUGUUCGGCAUGCUGUCUGGCAAGUCCGUGGUGUUGAUGCGAGGCCGAUUCCAUUACUACGAGGGGUACCCCAUGUGGAAGGUGGCGAUGCCGGUGCGCGUGAUGAAGCAGAUGGGGGUCAAGACGCUGUUUGUCACCAACGCAGCCGGGGGCGUGAACCCCAACUACAAGGCCGGUGACAUGAUGAUCAUCAAGGACCACAUUGACCUGCCAGGGCUGACCGGAGAAUGUGUGCUGAUUGGCAAGAAUGAUGAACGGUUUGGUCCACGUUUCCCGGCCACUGUGGACAUCUACGACAGCAAGCUGAGGGCCCUGGCUGCUGAGAUAGGGAAAGAGCUGGGAUAUGGCGACUACAUGCGUGAGGGGACCUACAUCAUGAUUGGCGGACCCACGUUUGAGACAGUCGCCGAGUCAAGGUUGCUGAGGCUGUUUGGGGCUGAUGCUGUUGGAAUGAGUACUGUGCCCGAGGCUGUGGUUGCAAAGCAUGGUGGGAUACGCACAUUUGGCAUCUCGCUGAUCACAGACAUGUGUUCCUUUGAGUAUGAGGAGACGCAGGCCACGACCCAUGAGGAGGUGUUGGCCAUGGGGGAAAUGCGUGCCAAGGACAUGCAGAAGCUGGUGUCCCUGAUGGUGGAGAGAAUGGAGUUGUGAUCAUGUCGGUUAACUCACACACAGCUGGCCAGGGUUCGGGUGACUUGAGAGCAUAACUGAAUAAGGAGCUGCUGGGACAAGGAUUCUUUCUCUGAUCUCUUUAUAAGUUCAUGAUAAACUUGCUUUCAGUAUUACCUUUCUCAGGAUUUCGCUAACUAUACAUAAUUCAGAGACAGUUCCUGAAUUUUAUUUCUUCAAGUUUGGUGAUAUGGUUUAAUAUGACAGCUAGUUUUCCAUCUGACGAAAUCAGCUUUUCAGGACGUCUAUUGUCCAAAUCAUUAAAUCACCGUUUACAAACUAUAGUCUUAUCUCCAACUUCAUAGGGGGCUGUGGGGUAGCCUAGUGGUUAAGGCGUUCGCUCGUCACGCUGAAAACCCGGGUUCGAAUCCCCACAUGGGCACAAUGUGUGAAGCCCAUUUCUGGUGUCCCCUGCCGUGAUAUUGCUGGAAUAUUGCCAAAAGUGGUGUAAAACCAAACUCACUCACUCACUCCAACUUCAUAGAUAUGUAAGGUUUACAUGUUCUCCAAAUCCCUGCCUUAUCUCUAUUUUCAAAGAGGAUUUAUUAUACAGAAUCAAUGUAAGGAUGUCAGGAUUUUCUCAAUGAAGGUUUUAGGGAGUGAUGGGUGUUAUAACAUUUUGUUGAACAUCACCUAAUAAGUCACACCAGAAAAUACUCUAGUAAUACUCUUAUUGACUAGUCCGAAACAAACCACUAGUCUCAGGACGGUCUAUCCCUUUAUGAUUUAUGUUUUACAUUUGAUUUUGUCUCAUACAUACUUUCUUAUACAUAGGCUAAGUAACAUACCUAAAGAGUGUGUCAGAAUAUUAGGAAAAUCCCUUUCAAAGGUUGAAAGUAUAUGUUACUGAGAGAGAGAGGUUUAUUUCACCUGAGAUUUAGUGAUUGAUAGUAAUGAGCUCUGCUUUUCAAUUCUUCCAUCAAGGAUCAAUGUGGCAACACUGGCAUGUGUUUGAGUUAUUCUGUAUCUACAAUUAUUGAUAUAUCUACAGUUUUUAUUAGGCAUUAUUAUUUGCUGGAUGCAGCCAUCUUCCACUAUUGAUGGAACAACAAUCAUCAUUAGUGGGGUGUAUCAGAAUAUACUCCAUUCAUGCAGUAAAUAAUGACAGUGGAACAUUUUUAUAUCUAAAUGAUUCUCCAUAAAUAUUCAUACUUUCAUAAGUUGUAUACAAUAUAUUUUGAUUAUUUAACCUAACCUGGCAUAUGAGUUUCAUACAGGCUCUGCAUCGAGGUAGCUAAGCAUGACUUCCUUACACUUCUACUUUCACCAUUUUCUUUACCAGUGACUUUAUGUUUCAUAUAGUGAUAUAUUUUGUGUUUCAUAUAGUGAUAUAUUUUGUUCAGAUUUCUUAUCUAUUGUUACAUUAGUGUUCUUGAAAUAAAUGUUUUUGACAGAAUUUCACCUGAGAAAAAGAGGAUGAAUUGUAAUUUACACUGCCAUCAGUUGUAUUAUGAGUUCUUAAAGAGUUCUUAGAACUGAUGAACAUGAGGCAUAGAUUUUUUUAUUUGAGUUCAGACUGGAUACUGGAUAUGGACAUGUUGACUUAGUUUCUAUGUUGUUUACUACAUCCCUUGAUUGCUCACUGCCAUCUGUCAGGCAACACCCCUUGGCCACAUUUCACAAAGGUAUCGUAGAGCUACAACGGUCGUAAGUUUAUGUUACAGUAUAGGAGAUACGACAGUCAUAGCGCUACAAUAGCUUUCUGAAAUGGGACCCAGGCUCCUAUCAACCCAGUAACCCCUCCCCUCCAACCUUGUUAGAUAAACUGUUCUUGGUCUGUUAUUAUCCAUUGUUAUCCUGUUAUGUACAUUGCUCAAAGUGUCUAUAUACAUGUCCAUGCCCAGCCUGUAUCGUUCACCUGAAGAAUUAACUCCAAAACAUGACAAAUAAAGAAGUUGAUAUCCAAAAA